AAAUAAAUAUAUAUACAUAUAUAGUUUCAAAUAAAUGAAUUAACUUUCUCAGUGAAAACGGGAUAAAACAUUCUCAAAUAGAUUUGAAAAAUAUACUAAAUUUCCUAUUUUCUACAAGAACAAUUUAUUCCAAUGAAUACAUCCUUUGUAAAUCAUAGUCAUAGUAAUCAUAACUUUAAUACAAAUAUCACAUCAGUUGGUGGUAUGACUCCUACAGUGAAUUCUUCAACACCUGGCAGUGAAUUUCAUACCCCGCCUGCUGAGUUCCCUACAAAUCCCAUAACAAAAUAUUUCAGUAUUGAAAAACAAGUUGCCAGUUGUGGACCUGAAUUAAUCUGGAAAGUGUAUGAUGCUAUAAGACGUCAGGAUAAAAAAGUGAGUCGAAGAAAAACACACAAUUAUUUUUUUCGGUAG